GGACAUGCAGAGGUUCAUUACCAAUUUGGGGGUACACAAGACUAGGUACAAUUUGCGGUCGGCCGGUGGACACGUGCUUUUGCAGUUUGAGAGUUUCUCGGAAUAAAAAAUUGUGUUUACUUUAGGCUCCUUGGAUGGCAUGAAUCUGCUUUUCAUCCCCAAUCAUAUCUAUCUAUUUCAGAAGCAACAAUGGUGGCUGUGUUCAACAAAGAGCUCUUGAGUUGGUAUCUCAUCACCCUGAAGCUCAGAGAAACAGUAGAAUCUGGAAUUCCAAGAACCCCCCAUUCUAAUGGAUUGCUUGAAUUGCCAGAGCAAACACGGUCAGAAAGCCAGAAGAUUGUGAUCAAUGAAGAUGGUGAAGAAAACUCUGAAGAUGAGUGGGUCAUCUGUAUUAAAGAAAAACUUGAACAAGCCCAGCAAGAUGAUGAAAAAGGUUCAUGGGAGAAGUUGAGCAUAUACAAAGUGCCACAACACCUAAGAGAAGGAGAUGACAGAGCCUAUAUUCCCCAGAUGUUGUCCUUGGGGCCUUAUCACCAUGGCAAGAGACGUCUACACCAAAUGGAUCGCCAUAAGUGGCGGUCUCUUCACCAUGUGCUUAAGCGUACUAAUCGGGAUAUAAGGAUUUAUCUUGAUGCCACGAAAGAGCUCGAAGAAAAAGCUCGCGCUUGUUAUGAAGGGCCUAUCAGUCUUAGCAGCAAUGACUUUGUUGAAAUGUUGGUUCUUGAUGGAUGUUUUGUGCUUGAGCUAUUUAGAGGGGCUGCUGAGGGAUUCAGCCAACUGGGUUAUCCUCGCAAUGAUCCCAUCUUUGCUAUGCGUGGAUCUAUGCAUUCAAUUCAACGAGAUAUGAUUAUGUUAGAGAAUCAGCUUCCCCUUUUCAUACUUGAUCGAUUGCUUGGACUUCAAAUCGGUUAUGCUCAGCAGAAAGGCCUAGUUGCAAAGCUAGCACUUAGAUUCUUCGACCCAUUAAUGCCUACAGAUGAGCCGUUAACAAAAGGCGACAGAAGCAAAUUGGAGUCGUCGCUUGGAUAUACAAACACCUUUGAUCCUUUAUCAGAUCAAGGCGGCCUUCAUUGUCUUGAUGUUUUUCGAAGAAGCCUCUUGCGUGCAGGCCCUCAACCGAUACCCCCAAAGGCUUGGAUCAAAAGAUGGUCACAUGCUAAUCGAGUUGCAGAUAAAAGGAGGCAACAACUGAUACAUUGCGUUUCAGAGCUAAGAGAAGCUGGUGUCAAAUUCAGGAAAAGGAAGACUGAUCGGUUCUGGGACAUAAAAUUCAAGAAUGGGAUUCUGAGUAUUCCCAGGCUGUUCAUUCAUGAUGGAACAAAGUCACUUUUCCUGAAUCUCAUUGCAUUUGAGCAGUGUCAUCUUGAUUGCAGCAAUGACAUUACAUCGUAUGUUAUCUUCAUGGACAACUUAAUCAACUCUUCUGAGGAUGUAGGGUACCUCCAUUACCAUGGCAUUAUCGAACACUGGCUAGGUAGUGAUGCUGAAGUUGCCGAUCUCUUCAAUCGCCUCUGUCAAGAGGUUGUUUUCGAUAUCAAUGACAGCUAUCUUUCCAGGUUGUCGGAAGAUGUAAACCAAUAUUACAACCAUAGAUGGAAUGCGUGGCGUGCAAGUCUCAGACAUAACUACUUCAGCAAUCCCUGGGCAAUCAUCUCAUUUGUUGCUGCUGCUGUGCUGUUAUUGCUUACUUCUGCACAGACCUUCUACGGAAUUUAUGGUUAUUACAGGCCAUCUUGAAUUCCGCGACAGAAAUCCUCUAUAUUUGUUGUUCAGUUUGAAAAGAGUCUUUUGAUACCUGAAUGACUUCAGCUUUAUACCAAAUUCUUUUUUCCAUUCGUUGGGCAAAGGUUGCACAUUAUCUCGCCUACAGACCGACUGGUCCGAUCUAUUUGUAUCAGUUAUAAGUUUGCUUCACUCA